AUGGUUCGCCCGAAGAGGGGCAGCAAAUACAGCAAACAGUAUAUCAAAAGGACCAAUACUAAGAUUUUCGUUCUAGGAAAUGCGUCUGAUGCUGUGUGCGACCAGAUGAUGCGCCACGAUCCUAAGUUUGCCACUUUCCACGGCGCGUACCUUAAUAAGAACGUUGAGUUUAACCUCCAGAACACUUUCCUAGAAGAGGAAACUGAGGAGCAGAUGUACAAAGUGUUUGCGCAUGUCAGCCUUACGCGUGAUCCCCGCGUAACAAGAGACAUGGUCCUGAAGGAGGUUUAG